UGGCGCCCGCCGGUCAGAGCCUAACCAAGAUCUAGGCGCUGUGCCUGGCCAUCCGCUACAUCGGCCACCUGUCGGCCAUGCUGGGCCUCAGUGAGGAGAGCCUUCAGCUCCGGUGCCGAUGGCACAGAGAUGUGGCUUCACUCAGGGCUGCCCGCUCUGCCGGGACGGCGGCCCGGCGCAGGCGCAGGCGCAAACGCAGGCGCAGGUGCAGGUGCUGGGCUUGGGCCUGAGCUCAGCAUCCCACGUCGGGGCGUCCUGGGGGGUGUCCGCCCGCCUGCUCCGGAGCCCAAGUAGCGCCCGAGCCGCGCGACCCUCUGGUGCUCUACGCCGCAGCGACAUGUUGGGAAGGGCCGGCAAUGGAACCGUGCCCCUCCAUCCGAUGCCUCUCGCCUCUGGAGUGGCUUCUGGCCUGAGGAACCCACGUGACAGCGGACAGCUGAUGCCCUUCUGUCAGUGAGCACUGAGGCUUUUUGUUUUCAGCACCUUGGAAAUGGUUCCUCUCCAGACUGCCUUUCCUGGAAGAGGUCACCUGCGAUACAGGCAUCGACAUUGCUGUGGGUGAGAGCCGGUGCCACCCAGGACUGCCUUCCUGUGCCCUUCCCUUGAUGGUGGGACCCAUGGGUAGACACUUUGAUGUAGGUGGGAGUCUCGGCCUAGUGUGAAUUUAUUUGUGAAUAAAUUGUGGUGGUGUUA